AUGCUUAGGCACAAGAAUUUUGUCUCACUUCUGGGCUACUGUGAAGAUAGUGAUGAGAAGUUUUUUGUGUACGAAUACAUUCCUUCGUCAUUGGUUGCAUUUCCUGCUUUACGGAUAGUCGACGUGUCCAACAAAAACUUACGUGGAGUAAUUCCAGAGUUUAAGAAAUACGUGAAGUUUAUCUACAAACCAGAGAAUCAUUUUCUUAAGCACAAGUCAAGAAAAAGUAUUUCAGUUGCCAUAGUAAUUGGAACCUCAGUAGGAGCUUCACUUGUCAUUCUAGCCAUUAUAGGUCUAGUGGUUUGGAUGUGCAAAUUCAGAAAAACCACAACUACGGAAAUAGAAGAUGUUAGCAGUGCAUCAAUUGUGAGUGAUGCUAUCGUUGAAAGUGGACAUGAAGAUAGAAAAGGAGGUUCCAGCGUUGUUUAUAGAGGAGAACAUUCUCAAUGCGGUUUGAUUGUAGUCAAGAGGGUGGACUCUAAAGCCAUUGCUGAGAGAAUGAUGAAUGAGUUCAAGAUUGAGGUCGAUGUACUCACCAAGCUUGGGCACAAGAACUUGGUCUCAAUUCUUGGCUACUGUGAAGAUAAUGACGAGAAUUUUAUUGUGUACGAAUACAUGCUUCAAGAACGUUGGCACAACAUCUAUUUAACUGGAGAAAAGUUCGUUCUGCUUCUUUAA